UUUUAUUUUGAAAAAUAUUUGCAACCAACAAAAAUUGGUAAGAAACUAUUUAGUUGUGGGAGAUAUGAAUUUCAAAAUAGUAAAGUGUAUCGUUUUUUAUUUAAAAGAAUUAGCUCAAAUCAUCUUUUUAAUCUGGAAAAUGAAUGAGUACAGCUAAAUGACAUUAUGAUAUUUUUGUGAUUUUGGAGAAAAAAAUGAUAGUGAGCUUUGUAAUUUUCUUUUUUUCCAAACACUCAAUUUAGGCUUAGAUCUUAUUUAUGAGUAUUACUUAUUACCGCUUAAAAAAUUUAAUUGUGGAGAACUUUCUUUCUCUUCAUAUAUCAUUUAUAAACCAUUUUAUUUAGAAAAAUUACAAAAAUAGAAAAAUGGAGAAUAAUUAUAGGUUUUUUAUUUUAAAAGGGAAAUACAUAAAAAAUAACAUAGAAAGAUAGAAAUAGACUAAGGAUUAAGUAACAUAAAAAUCAAACUUUUAAUAUUUUGAAAGGUAAGAUUAAAUAUUGAUGUGUAUAGAAUAAGCAUUAGAGAUCAAAAUUAAUAAAAAGGUUGA